AUGGGGGGCAGGGUGUCUCCGGGGCAGGCGGCCUCCUCCUUGGAAAUCCAAGCUGGAGAUCGGAUCCUGCUGGCUGCUCUCAUGGCUAAGGAAGGAAGCAGACACAAAGGAACUGGGCGGUGCCCGUCCAGGUCAGCGGCCCGGAGGGGACAGUGGGUGAAAGUUCAGUCAUCAGGAAAAGGCCACGCGUCUGGGGACCCUCCCCCGUUCUGUCCCUCGUCCUUGCCGUCCUCGAACCCCCCGCCCCGUCCCCCCUCUUCUCGGUUGCAGGGUCUCAGGUUCGAGGUGGUGCCCUCCCGGUUUAAGGAGAAGCUGAACAAAGCCUCGUUCCCCACGCCGUACGCCUACGCCAUCGAGACGGCCAAGCAGAAGGCACUGGACGUCGCCCGGAGGAUGCACCAGGCGAGGGGGGCUCCGCCUUCAGUCCGAGGCCCGGCGCCCCACCCACUGAGCCACACGGUUGUAUCUUGCAGGUUGAACGGGAAGGAACACAGCGUGUUCACAGGUGUCACCAUCAUCCAGUGCUCCUGCCGAGACAGCCGGCUGGACAUGGAGAUCUCGGAAUUCUACGAGGAGACGCUGGUGAAGUUCUCGCAGCUGUCGGAGGAGCUGCUGUGGGAUUAUAUCCACAGCGGGGAGCCCAUGGACAAGGCCGGCGGUUACGGGAUCCAGGCGCUGGGCGGGAUGCUGGUGGAGUACGUCCACGGAGACUUCCUCAACGUCGUGGGCUUCCCCCUGAACCACUUCUGCAAGAAGCUGGCGGAGCUGUACCUCACCCGGCACCCCGAGGACCUGCUGCCAGCCGAGCCCGACUCCAUCCCCGCCGUCGACACCUUCGAGAACCUCAGCGACCUCAGCGACGUGGAGGGCCGCGGCCGGGGCGGGGCCCAGGUGCACGGCGACCAGCCUCGGGCUCUGGGCCGGAAGAACUCAGUUCCUAGCAGGAUGGUGGACAGCCUGCCCCCGACGCCCCUCCUGGAACUGCUGGACGGCUUCAAAGCCUCCAAGGCCCUGUUCACCGCCUGCAAGAUGAAGGUGUUCGAUCUAUUGCAAGACGAAGCCCCCCUGAGUGCCACGGAGAUCGCCCAGAAGAUCGAGGCCUCCGAGUGCGGGACCGGGCGGCUGCUGGACGUGUGUGCGGCCCUGGGGUUGCUGGAGAAGACGGAGAGAGGGUACAGCAACACAGAGCUGGCCAGCCGGUACCUGCCCUCGGGCGGCAAGUACUCCCUGCACCCCCUCAUCGUCUACAACGACGAGCACACCUGGGACUUCUUCACGCAGCUGGAGUCCGCCGUCCGCGAGGGGACCAGCCGGCACCGCGGGGCUCAGGGGAGGACGGUGGACAGCCUGUUCCAGGUACCCCGACGGGGCCUUCCUCUCCCCGCACCUAGCGUGUGUGUGUGUGCGCGUGUCCAUCCCGCAGGCUGCACGGGAACCCUCGCCCACGAGCUCGCCCGGGCGUACCCCGGCCUGAAGGUGACCGUGUUCGACCUCCCGGAGGUCAUCGAGGACGUCUCGGGCUUCCAGGACCGCGCACUGUGCGGGUGUGUGUGUGUGCAGGGUGGUGCCUGGGUCCCUGACGGAUGGUCCCUGCAUUUUGUCUUGAAACCAGGCGACUUUUUCCAAGACAGCCUCCCGGAGGCCGACCUCUACAUCCUUUCCAGAAUCCUCCGCGAUUUGCCGGACGACAAGGCCCACGCGUUGCUGAGCCGGAUCUCGGGCAGCUGCAAACCAGGUGAGACUGGGUCGCACACUUUCUUUUCAUAAAACCGCUGUCUUGUC